CUGAUCGUGAGAAGAAGUCUGAUAGUAAGAGGAAGUCUGAUAGUGGGAAGAUGUCUGAUAGUGAGAAGAUGUAUCACAGCAAACAUUUUCCCGGGGACUUCCCGGUUCAUUCCGGAAAGUACUUUACCGAUCACCCUCAUGCCCGGCAAUUGCGUAAAGUUCCCCAAAUUUUCGUAAACUUUCCGAUUUCCUGAAAGUCGAUAUGAAUCAAUCCAUUACUGGGGUGCCGAUCAAGAUCAAGCGGGUGUAACUGCAGGUUUGUUGUUGUAAACGUACGCGUACUGACUGACACGAACAACAACGCUAUCUACUGUCGAUCCCAGUUUGGUUCACUUGCUACUCGCCACCUCCGGAGUCAGGAGUGUGGUGUGGUGUCGACUUGGUGGCUGUGAGUCGUAGUCGUGUAGUUUUAGGUUAUUGUUAGACGGUGUUGCAUAGGUCGAAAGUAUAUUUUUGGCAUGUGAACCACGUCAAAAACUAAAUGGUUGAGGUUGGUUGUCAUCUCAUACAAACUCGCAAAGUACAUUGUCAAUGUGGUGUCUGUUAUCUAUGCAAUCAGCUGUUUCACAGGGUUCUGGUGCUGGCUGGGUCGGGGUCCACUUUCUAAUUUUCAUUACAUUGGUGGUGUAGCGGAUUACAUUCGUGUACUUUUAUUUUGAAGUGUUGUGUGGUGCUCCUUCAAAAUUGUUAUUUCAUGUGGUAAGUCACCUCAACAAUUUCAAUUGUACAUUAUUUGCACAGCGUAAAAUUUCUCAUAUACUCUUUUAUCUUUACCAGGCCACUUCUUCAAACUUCAAAUUUCAUUUUGACAUAGUGUGUUAUUUUUCGAAAGAGGACUAUUGGUCAUAGUUUGCCAGUUUGAAUAACGAUUGAUGGAGAAUGUACGUAUUUAAGUCACAAAAUGCUGAACGAUCGGACUGUAAUGAGUCUAUUUUGAAUUGGUGCUAUAACCAAAGUCAUUCAAAAUUACAUCUCUGCUCUAAUGCUGCUCGUUGUUUGAGGUCAGAGUGUUUCAGAGAAAGACUAUUUAGCCAGUGGACGGAUUUGUCAUUCAUCGUCUUCAAAGAUGAUACUUGGAAACUACAUCAAGCUAAUUUUUGUUCGCUGACCAGGAAUGAAUACUCACAUGCUCGGAUAUAAAGGAUAGUAAAAGGUAGCCUAUUAAGGAUACUCUUGUGAGAUAUCAUUAAUUUUUAAUUUUUAUUCUUUCAGGUUAUUCUAACAAGGGUGCCACUCAAAAGCAGAGCUCUGACCAAAUGAUGGGAUGCGACAGUCUUUUAGUUGACUGGACUCGGAAACAUUCUAGCGAAACAAUGUUACUUUAUUAUCAAGUUCUGUAUCACUGUGAUCUCCACUGAAGUUGAUAUAAUUUUGUUUUUGUUAUAUGCCCAAUGGGUUUUAAAACAUAAAGACAAUUUUAGAGAUUUAGUAUGUCCCAUGCAUACUAUAUAGAAGUGAUUAGUCAAGGGAAGUAUGACCAUGCUGCUGUAUGCACUGCUCUCUUUAAUGACAAGCUUUUUAAGAAAUAUUAUGAUUUGUUUUGUUGUCAGACCGUUACAAGAAGUGAGACGAACAUUCUUUCCCUGACCAGGAAGGAAUGAAGAGCAGUUUUCCAGGAAUUCUGUUUUCAGUAGUAGUAAUUCUUUGUAUAAUUAUUGAGAGAAUUAUUGAACUUUGGAAAUUAUGUUAUGAUUAAUUAAUGGUUUGUAUGUGGUGUAGGUUAAAACAUAGUAAAAGGUUUGCAAGGGGUUAUUGAUGGAUCCAUAUCACAACAUGUCUUAUUGUAAUAUGUUAGUGUUCUAGUUAUUACCUUGUAGUUUCUCAAAUCAUCAGCAAUGUAGAUCUUUUGAAUUGAGGUGGGGAUUAUAGUGAGAAUGUGAGUUUACUGCAAAGUGUUCAAAGUUGCUGAAUUUUAGCAUCUUGUUGCGUUUCUAUUAUUUAAUGAAUGUUCAAAGUGUGGGAUCAUUUAGUGGAUGUACGAAUAGUUGUGGUUUUAAUAAUUCUAUUCUUUUAUAAUUUCAUUUCUUUUGAACUCCACACUAAACCGUUCUCUGUAAUUUCUUCUUUAAAAUGUUGCAUUUAUAUUUGCUGGAUGAUGCAUUUAUGCUUUGUUUAUUAAAGACGUUAGUUUUGAGUUUUCACAAUUUUUUUGUUUCAGUAUCAUGGAUAUUUCAAGACUUACCAUUGAUGAACUGAAGGACUACCUUCAAACUUUGAAUCGACUUAAGCCACAGACUCUUCAAAAUCUACAAGAUGAGGAGGUGGAUGGGGAGGCCUUUCUACUAAUUAAUGAGGCCAAUCUCCAAAAGAAUUUCUCUGAUAUUAAGGCGGGUGAGAGAUUCAAAGUACUCCAACUGGUUGAAGAGUUUAAAAGGGCUCUCCCACAGAGUAAUGAUGAACAGUCAUCAUCAUCACAAUUGGACGACUCAGCAUCAUCAUCAUUUGAUCCACUCCCAGUCGAAAUAGUCUUUGUUGAAUCCAAUGAAUGCACUGCUCCAAUGGUCAGUACUUCCGUAAGGAAAACUGUGGAAUCUCCUCCUCCCUCUGAGACUCCCUCGACUUCAGCUGUUGAGCAGGUAAUGGAUGUGAAGGACAUUUUGAUGCAAUCAGCAGAGGGGUUCAGGGUUGUGGAAAACAUUCAAAAGAAUCGUUGGCCAGAUGAUCGACAUAGGAAGAAGAUGAUAUCUAUUCUUACUGACUAUCAUGUUAAAAGCACUGGAGCAAACAGGGAUAGCUAUUAUCCUAAUCCAAUUGACAAACUUAUGAUGGCAAAGGGCAUAAUUAGGGACUUCCCCACCCUUGCGGAUAAUGGGAAUGGCGAGGGAUAUCUUGCCUGGUAUGACCCCUCAUCUUGCAAGGGAUUCUUAGGCAAGAAGUUUGAGUACUUGAGGGAAAAACAUUUAAAGCCUACAGAAAAACGGAAAAUACCAAAGGAUAAAAAGAAGAGCCAUGCCAGUAGCACUACUUCCUCAACCAUGUUAUCAGACCAUGACAAUGAGGACUCACCUUCCAAGAGGUCAAAAACUGAUGAAAAUUAUGAUGACAUGGUGAAAAAGUUAAGUAGAAUGGAGGCAACAUCUGGAAGUAAAAACAUUAUCAGCAGUUUAAUGGAGGGGACGUUCUCAGAACGACAUAAAUGGAUGAAUCAACGUCCAAAGCCAUCAGGCGCCCAGAUUCUAACCAAAUUUAUCCAUUUCAAAAGUUAUGGCGGCCUCAUGGUGAGCAAUUCUUGGUUUGGAAUAAUAACCUGUUCUCUUAGUGUCUAUAAUUCACAUAUGUUUUGUUCAAAUUUUAAACAUAUCAUUUUUCCUACGAAGAUUACUGAAGAAUUUCAAAGACUUCACCCAAAGGCAGUGGCCUUUGAUCUUACUGACAUAGUCAAUGCUGUACUACAGCAUUCAAAAUCAACCAAGAAGAAAUUGUAUGAAGAUAGCAGCUGCUUACAGAAUGACUCUCUUCAUGCACUCCAACUAAUUUUUGAUAUAUUGCCAUCUGUACCAGUUAAAAGGUCAAAAGAAAUGCCUGUAACUACUGAGGAAACUAAUAACAAAUUUUGGAUAGCAUCAAAGCCUUGCGCAGCACUUGUCCAAAUUGUUCCAGCUGGAACAGAUGUGCAGGGUUAUCAAAAUAAGCUGCAGCCCAUAAAGCCACCCUCAGAUUCCAACAGCAAGCAGCUCAUGUCAGCACCUUUUAUGCUAUGGCUCACUGAUGAUCAACUAACUGGGGAAAUUUACAUUCUUAUUGAUGGUCAUUUCAUUCAUGUGGACGUGGACCCGCUUUCUGACCCAUUUCCAAAAGCGUUUGAUGUGUUCCUCAAGUUGUUUCAUGUGUUGGCUGUUCACUACCACCCACAAUUGAAAUUCUUUUUCAAUUUCUUUGAAUUUGUCUAUGGGUUAAACAAUAAGCCAAUUCCCUCUGUUCGAGCUUUAGUAGGUGCACUGCGUACUAUUCAAAUAGAGACAAACAAUAAUUAAAUUGUUGUUCAUUCUUGUUUACUAUCUGUUACUGUUUUCCUCUUUUUAUUAAGUUUGUUAUUUUCAAAAUAAUCACUUUAAAUAAAAAAAACAAAAAAUGGUUCUCUCUCUAACUGUGUGCUUUAUUUACUUUAUUUUACAAAACAUGGUUUACUUGAAACCUGAAAAAAUGGCAUGAGCGAUGCAUAGAAUUGCAUUGUUUAAACAGUCCCAGUUUCGCUACAAAAUAGCUAACUACCUACAUUUGUUCCUCCAACAUAAUAUCCACUUUCAAGUAUUGAACAUUCAGAAUAGCAACUGGUUUAUUAGAGUCCGGUGUUGCACACUAUCAAAUUUAUGGAAAUCAAUUUCUCGCUCAAAUUUCUGCGUUAAUUUGAACACUUGCAUGCAUUCAUUUGUACAAAUCAUGCACUUUUGUGGACAAAUUCGUACAAAACGCAGGGGUUAGACUUAGCACAAUUGUUGGCUAAAAAGCAUACAAUAACAUUUAGCAUGUAUAUGAAACGUUACCUCAGA